GUCAUCACCAGGCGCCGCCCCUACGCCAUCAAUCGCGCCGAAAUUCUGAAGCUGAGCAUGGCGGCUGACAUGCGUCUUCCCGCUCCUCGGAAGCGUUCCACCAAUUUACCGAAGGAGCAUGGCAAGCAUCUCGUGGCUCCUGGUGAUGUUAUUACUACGGACUCUGGCUUCAUGAGGGGUCAUGGAACAUACAUGGACGAUGAAAAGCUUGUGGCAUCUGUUGCUGGAGUGGUGGAGCGUGUGAACAAGCUGAUUUGCGUCAGACCUCUGAAAACUAGGUUCAAUGGAGAAGUUGGGGAUGUGGUGGUUGGCAGAAUAACAGAGGUUCAGCAAAAAAGAUGGAAAGUGGAGACAAAUUCUCGCUUGGAUUCAGUGCUACUGCUAUCAUCUGUUAAUCUUCCAGGUGGAGAGCUAAGACGAAGAUCUUCUGAAGAUGAAUUGGCUAUGAGGGAAUAUUUACAAGAGGGAGACCUCAUCAGUGCUGAGGUGCAAUCAGUGUUUGCAGAUGGUGCUUUGUCUCUUCACACCCGUAGUCUUAAGUAUGGCAAGCUGGGUCAAGGUGUGCUGGUGCAAGUGUCUCCUUCAUUGAUAAAACGACGUAAGACUCAUUUCCACAACCUCACUUGUGGUGCAUCUAUCAUUCUAGGAAAUAAUGGUUAUGUGUGGAUAUACCCAACUCCAGCAGAGCAAAACGAAGAGGCCGGGGGCUUUGUGACUAAUACUGAGCCAGUUCCCCUCUCGGACAGGGAAGUAAUCUCAAGGUUACGGAACUGCAUUCUUGCAUUGUCUGUGCACAAGAUGCUGCUGUAUGAUACCAGCAUUCUGUACUGCUAUGAAUCUGCAUUCCAUCAUCAGAUCAAGGACAUUCUGAAGCCAGAAAUAAUGGAGGAGAUAAUCGAAGAGACAAGACGGCGUAUUCUGGAACAGGAGGGUUAGGGGAAAAAUAAAUGCUUCCCCCAGGUUGUUCAGUGGGUCGAAAGUGGUUGACAGACCAUGGUAGUGACUACUGAGAAUACUCUUCAAGGACAACCGUUUAUGCACUCUCUGUUGAAGAAUACACCUUGACCUGGCACAGGACCAAUAGCCACCCACCUGUCACACGGAAGUGGAUAAGCUUCUUUCAGAGCUUUGUUUUAUAGGCUGCUUGCAACUUUCUGAGUUCUGUAUAGAUCUUGGUUUAUUUUUUUUAUUUUGUACAAAGACAAAUACUCCACAUUCUAAAGAUCUUUUGUGUGAUUGAAAGUACAUCGCCAAUCAGAUUGAAAAGAGCGAAGUGGCUGUUUUAGCUAAUGAACAUCCUUGAAAGCCCUUUGUUGAAGUAAGCAUAUUAUUUGUUUUACAGUGUAAAGCUGGAAAAAAUGCAAUAUGAGCCCAUACCAUAGAAUUAAAAACAAAAAAAAUAAUAAUGUGUAUAACAAAAUGUCCUGUUGUUUGGCAUAUCCUCGAUCCCUUUUGAGGUCCUUUACAACAGCGAUCUUGGAAGACCUUGUGUGUUCCUUGUAUUUCUUUAGUAGGCAUACAUAGAUGUGAGAGUUUCUUUUAUCCAUAAUUUUUUUUGAUUGCUAUUUUAUUUAACGCUCUGCACCAUCUCAGACUAAUAACCUUGACACAGAAUUAGUCUAAGUAACUGUCUGGGUGAGUAUUAAGUACCAAACCAGUAGGUUUGUGAGUUACAUUUGAAUGUUUUAUUAGCUGUAGGUUCUGUUUCAGUCAAUCAAACAAAAAAUCAAAAGUUUAAACAGA